AUGGCGACACCAGACGACAAAGGACUUGGUGAUAGCAACAAAUAUACACUCCGACCCCAGGCUCGAAGCGCCGUCCAAGUCUUCAGCAGCACCUGGAUCGACGAAGACGAGACAGGAGACUACGAUCCAAGCCAGGAGAGACGACAACUGAAGUUUCAGCGGAGUAAAGUGAGAUUCAGUAGCGCGGACGAUGAUCAGCAACUGAACGCUCCCUUUCUUAACAACGAAGUGAGCGAAGCCGUCGAUACGAUCUGCCUGCCCAAACUUGUCGUUCGGCUGAAUUUCUUGAGUGUAAGUGGCAAAGCAACUCUGCAAAAGACCCUGAGCGAGCCGCCCGCUCACAGUGACCUGGGUCACGAUGACUUCUGCGAAGGCUACAGACUUCGCAGGAGAAACGUACCUGGUUCGCCUCUUUACGAUCCCUCUGCGCAGGUUGCGCCAUCUUAUGGUGGAUCAGACCUGCCUCAAGACCUGACCGGGCAUCCGGCCGCCCGAGGUUGCCGAGCGUGCUUUGACCUUAGCAUUAGGUGUCCACUGCUCGACGACGAACGCGCGUGGCCUUGCUGGACAUGUCAGGCUGACGACCAUGACUGCGAGCUCAUGAUUCCGCCCACGGUCAAGCAGCCGUGCGAGCGCUGCAAAAGUCGCAGACGGAAUUGCUCUUACAGGUGGGUGUCUGAGCACAGUGGACCGUGCCAGCACUGCGCCGACGAGGGCUACAACUGCCUUGCUGGACCGGCCGAUGAGGGUAUUCGCACUCGCAUUCGGUAUGACCGGGACUGGAAGACAGACCCCCCGCUGAACCGGAAGCGGGUGCUUCGAGCGAAGACGUACUGGACAUGCAUGCAGUGCAGGGAAGCCGGCCGUGUAUGCUCGUUCGCGGCAGGUGUCAAUAGUGAUGACUGUACGUCAUGCACAACGGAAGGGAGGACGUGCAUUCCGGAGCAGACCACUGUCCCGCAGCAACCUCGCUCCGCUACGAAGCGUGUUGAUUCCGUGUUGGCUUCACCAAGCAAGAGACGUCCCGACAACAUGCCGAAGGACCCGUCCUCUAACAAGCGAUCGAAGUCGGCAAGUCACUUAGCACAAGCUCAGCAGAGUGUACAAGAUGCACCAGGCGAGACCCAAAUAACUCUGACCAAGUUCUGCCAUCCUAUCGCCUUCAAUUACGAUGGAAACUGCAGCUUCUGCGGUGGUUCAGCCUUCCCAUUGAUCGGUCUCGAAAUGCGUGAAGUGGAGGAUAUUGACUGGGCUGACCGUCGCAGCUACGCGGAGGUCAGCGGUGGACGCACGGCUGACGGCGCUACAAAUACGAAGGUCUGCACAGCCUGCACUAUGCGCCGUAUCACCAUCCUGCUGUGCCAGAAGCACUUACUUCGACCCAUCAAAGGCGCUACCAGCCAAUUGCUCGAUGCUGAUGGCGCGCUCAUGUCACUGUUCUCCGGCAAGUGUCGUUCAAAGGACCGCUGGUGCUCAAUCUGUCCGGCUCUGGCUCUGUACGAGUGUGAGGCUCCCGGCUGCAUGGACAUACUGGGCAAUUCUUGCACUGGAUGUAGCCUGGCCCUUUGCGAGACAUGCAUGCUUAGUUUGGUGGGUGAGUAUGACGGUGGGCUACAGAAGAUGCUGGCUGACAUGGUUGAUGUGUCAACCGACGAGAGACCGCUGGGUUUGAGGGCGGACUGGGAGCUCCUGAAAGAGGGUGGGCUCCUGAUGAGGCAUGUUCUCUCUACGUGCGAACACUAG